CCGGCAGCCCAGACGCCUGCUCACCCGCCAGCCCGCCCCACUCCUGCCUGCCCGGCUCCCGGCCCGCAGAUCUGGGCAAUCUGGGCUCCGGGCUGCCCGAGGGGCCAGACGUCCUUGCCUCACCUGUCCCUCUGGGAAGGCUGGCCCCUUCCACGACUCCCCGCGUGGCUCCCCCUGCCCAGCCUGGGCCCCUGCGCAGCACCCCCGACGGCGUCUGGACUCCAGCCCUCCCUCCCGCCUCCUGAGGAUAGCCAUGGCCACCUACAAAGUCAGGGUGGCCACGGGUACCGACCUCUUGUCGGGAACGAGGGACUCGAUCUCGCUGACCAUUGUGGGGACCCAAGGAGAGAGCCACAAGCAGCUGCUGAAUCAUUUCGGGAGAGACUUUGCGACUGGGGCGGUGGACGAGUACACGGUCCGCUGCCAGCAGGACCUAGGGGAGCUCAUCAUCAUCCGUCUGCACAAGGAGCGCCACUCCUUCCUGCCCAAGAACUCCUGGUACUGUAACUACGUGCAGAUCUGCGCGCCGGGCGGCCGCGUCUACCACUUCCCCGCCUACCAGUGGAUGGACGGCUAUGAGACCCUGGCACUCAGAGAGGCCACAGGAAAGACGACAGCAGACGACACGGUGCCGAUCCUUCUGGAGCAUCGACGGGAGGAGAUCAGAGCCAAGCAGGACUUCUACCAUUGGAGGGUCUUCGUUCCCGGCCUGCCCAACUACGUGCACAUCCCUAGUUACCGCCCACCCGCCCGGAGAAACCCCAACCGGCCCGAGUGGAAUGGCUAUAUCCCCGGCUUCCCGAUUCUCAUCAACAUCAAGGCCACCAAGUUCCUGAACUCAAACCUCCGCUACUCGUUCGUCAAGACGGCCUCGUUCUUCUUCCGCCUGGGGCCCAUGUGACCCCAUGCCUCUCUGUCCCUGAGGGGGACCGGGCCGCGUCGUGACGCCCUCACCGCCCCCCCCUCCCCAGAGUACGUGGCCGAGCACUGGGCAGAAGACAGCUUCUUCGGGUACCAGUAUCUCAACGGUAUCAACCCAAGCCUGCUCCGCCGCUGCACGCGCAUCCCGGACAAGUUCCCCGUCACAGACGACAUGGUGGCCCCGUUUCUGGGCGAGGGGACGUGCCUGCAAGCGGAGCUGGAGAAGGGGAACAUUUACCUGGCAGACUACCGCAUCUUGGAAGGCAUCCCCACCAUUGAGCUCAACGGGAGAAAGCAGCACCACUGUGCCCCGCUCUGCCUGCUGCACUUCGGCCCCGAGGGGAACAUGAUGCCCAUCGCCAUCCAGCUCAGCCAGACCCCCGGGCCCGACACCCCCAUCUUCCUGCCCAGUGACUCCGAGUGGGACUGGCUGCUGGCCAAGACGUGGGUGCGCUACGCAGAGUUCUACUGCCACGAGGCCAUCGCGCACCUGCUGGAGACGCACCUCAUCGCGGAGGCCUUCUGCCUGGCCAUGCUGAGGCAGCUGCCCAUGUGCCACCCUCUCUACAAGCUCCUCGUCCCCCACACCCGCUACACCAUCCAGAUCAAUAGCAUCGGGCGCGCCCUCCUCCUCAACGAGGGGGGGCUGUCUGCCAGGAGCAUGUCCCUGGGCCUGCAAGGCUUCGCCGAGGUGAUGGUGCGGGCUCUGGCAGAGACCACCUAUGAGAGCCUCUACCUCCCCAAUGACUUUGUGGAGCGUGGCGUCCAGGACCUGCCGGGAUAUUAUUACCGGGACGACGCCUUGGCCGUGUGGGACGCGCUGGAGAGGUAUGUGACCGAGAUCAUCACCUACUAUUACCCGUGUGACGCAGCUGUGGAGGGUGACCCAGAAUUGCAGUCCUGGGUGCAGGAGAUAUUCAAGCAGUGCCUGCUAGGGCGUGAGAGCUCAGGCUUCCCUCAGUGCCUUCGAACAGUGCCCGAGCUGAUCCGCUAUGUCACCAUCGUCAUCUACACCUGCUCCGCCAAGCACGCCGCCGUCAACACAGGGCAGCUGGAGUACACCGCCUGGAUGCCCAACCUCCCAUCGUCCAUGAGGAACCCACCCAUGCAGGCCAAGGGGCUGACCACUCGGGAGACCUUCAUGGACACGCUGCCGGACGUGAAGACCACAUGCAUCACCCUGCUGGUGCUCUGGACCCUCAGCCGGGAGCCCGACGACAAGCGGCCCCUGGGCCACUUCCCCGACAUCCACUUCGUGGAGGAGGCCCCGCGGAGGAGCAUGGAGGCCCUCCGCCAGCGCCUGGCCCAGAUCUCGCACAACAUCCGCCAGCGCAACAAGGGCCUCCCGGUCCCCUACUACUACCUAGACCCGGUGCUGAUAGAGAACAGCAUUUCCAUCUAGGACGCGCUCCCGCCUCACCUCGCCUCGCCUGCACCUGUUUUCAAAAAAAAAAAAGUCACUUCAAACAGUC